AUGAAGAUGCUGCUGUCCCUGGGGCUGCUCUUUGCCGCCCUGUCCCUGGGGAGCUGCGUGCCCCUGCAGCAAACUGCGUCCAACCGCAGCAAGCUGCUCCUGGUGUCCUUCGACGGCUUCCGCUGGAACUACGACCAGGACGUGGACACCCCCAACCUGGACGCCAUGGCUGCAGAGGGGGUGAAGGCCAAGUACAUGACCCCUGCCUUCGUCACCCUCACCAGCCCCUGCCACUUCACGCUGCUGACCGGGCGGUACCUGGAGAACCACGGGGUGAUCCACAACAUGUGGUUCGACACCAAAACUGGCGUGAGGCUGCCCUACUACACCACGCAAGGCAUAAGCAGCUGGUGGGACAACGGCAGCCUGCCCAUCUGGAUCACUGCCCAGAGACAGGGUUUGAAGACAGGCUCCAUCCACUUCCCCGGAACCAAGGCGAAAUACCAAAAGGAAGAAGUGUACAAGAAGUUGGUGGAACCUGCGUUGUUCAACUACAGCAACGAAACCAACUGGAGGCAGAGCAUCGACACCGUCAUGGAGUGGUUCAUGGUGGACAACCUGGACUUCAUCACGCUCUACUUCGGGGAGCCAGACUCCUCAGGACACAAGUAUGGCCCUGAAUCCACACAGAGGAAAAACAUGAUCAAGCAGGUGGACAGAACCGUGGGUUACUUGAGGCAGCGCAUCCGGGAGAGCGGCCUGGAGUCCAACCUGAACCUCAUCAUCACGUCCGACCACGGCAUGGAGACCGUGGUGAAAACCGACGAGAUCUACCUCCGCACCGUCACCAACUUCACCUUCAAGGACCUCGACUUCGAGCUCCUCGAUUAUGGACCAAGCGGGCUCCUGGUGCCCAAGGAAGGGAAACUGGAGCAAGUGUACUCAGCCCUGAAGAACGCCCACCCGAAGCUGCACGUUUACAAGAAGGAAGAGUUUCCCAAGAGGUUCCACUACGCCAACCAUCCCCGCAUCACCCCACUUGUGCUGUACAGUGACCCAGGCUACGUGAUCCACGGGAGGUACAAGGUCCAGUUCAACAAAGGAGAGCACGGCUUUGACAACCAGGCCAUGAACAUGAAAACCAUCUUCCGUGCCGUGGGGCCGGCCUUCAAGAAGGGGCUGGAGGUGGAGCCCUUCGAAAGCGUCAAUGUCUACGCCCUCCUCUGCGAGCUGCUGGGCAUCACCCCCGAGCCCCACGACGGCUCCCUGGAGGUCACCAAGCCCAUGCUGAGGGAACCCACCGACGGUGACGGUGGCAACGGCAAUGGCAAUGGCAAUGGGAACGGCGACGGCAACGGGAACGGCGACGGCAACGGGAACGGCAAUGGCGACGGCAAUGGCAAUGGCGACGGCAAUGGCAAUGGUGACGGCGAUGGCAAUGGCAAUGGGAACGGCGACAGCAAUGGCAAUGGCGACGGCAAUGGCGAUGGCGACGGUGACGGCAAUGGUGACGGCAACGGCAAUGGCAAUGGCAAUGACAACGGCAGCAAUGGUGAGCAGCAUGUGUCAUGGGGGACAGUGGGAGGGCAGCAGGCAGCGGCAGCGACAGUGGGCACCAGGAACAGCAACAGGCACCAGAAGUGGCAAUGGGCACCGGGGGCAGCAAUGGACACCGGGAGCACACCGGGAGCUCACGGGGAGGGCACCGGGAGCGGCUCCGGGCACCGGGCGCGCUCCGCUCCGCCGGGAUUCCCGCGGGAACAGCGCCACCUGGCGGCCCCCGCCACCCCCGGCGGCUCGGGGCACCGGGCCGCGCCCCCCCAUCCCCGCCGCUCGGUAACCGGGCAGGGCUCACCGUGGCACCGGGGCGGAGCUGCUCCCGGCCGGGCGGAGGGAGGCGCGGAAGGGGCGGCAGGAGGUGACGGUCACCCGUCACCGGCGGGCACCGGCCCCGGGGCAGGGCUGGCACUCACCGCCCUCUCGGCACGGCAGGUUCGGGCGCUCUCCAUCCCGCCGAGAAGCUGCCGCUGCUGCUGGGCCUCGCUGUGGUUCUGGGAUGCUGGGGAGGAGUUUUCUGACCGCCACCAGAUCAGCAUUGGCACCGCCCAGGGCGUGGGCUGGGCUGAGGAGAAGGGCGGGCACCCUCCUGGACCCUGCCAUUGUCCCCUGCCCUGUCCCUCUGUCCUCUGCGUGCAGGCGGGUGUGGACCACGAGCAACGGAGGGUGAAUCCUCCGCUGUUUGUGGAAUCCUCGGCUGCUGCAGAGACCCGGAACGAGCACCAGCGGCGCCGUGCUCUGCUGUCCUGCGGCCCCCGAGCUCCAGGCAACUCUGCCAGAACUCACGGGAAGGACAAGGCUCACAAAGACAACCAGUCCCAGGCUCGGGAACGGGACAGAGUUCCCAAAACCUCCCCAAAUUCCUGA